GCGUAUUACCCUGGCGAAAAAGGCAGGCCGGAGGGCACGGGCCGCGCGCGCCGGGCGCUUGGUGCUCUGCGGAGAGGUGGACUUGACAUGGUGGGCCUGCGCACUCAUUCAAGAGAACCCCAAACGAGAAAGCCGGAGCGGCCCGCCGCGCGCCCUUAGGAUCCCAUCGAUCCCGCCCGGCCUAGGCUCCCUUCCUUGCUCUGGUGGGCCCCCCUUGUCGCGCUUGCCCGCUUGUGGCGCAUUGCCUUUGCCUUUUUGCCAGGCAGCCGGCCCGCGCCCAGGCCCCGGGCCCCACAGGGGGGGGGCCUUUCUUAGCCCCUUUGGUUGUUUCGCCCCGCUUUUGCCCGGCCCCUGCCAAUUAAUUGCCCCUGCCACUGCCAGGGCGGGCUCCCUGGCUUGCCCCUCCGGCAGUUACUUAAUGGUGGGCGGCCCGGGCGCCCUCCGGCCGCCACUUUGGUUGUGCCGGGCUGCCUGCUGCCCCCCUUCGUGGGAGGGCCACCUAUCUGCGCCGCGGCUGCGGUAUGACUGA